AAGGUCCCCCAAGACCCCAACUCAUGUUGGAAGGACGAGAGCGCGGGGGGUUUGUAUUUUGGAGGGAAUAUGAAAUACUGAAAAUUGUCGAGAGAGAGGGAGAGGACGAAGAGUGAGAAAUCUGAAAUACUAGGACUGUAGAGAGAGAGGGGGAAGAAGAGAGAGAGAGAGAGAGAGAGAGAGAGAGAGAGAGAUGGGGUCGUCUUCGGGUUCCCCACCUAGUUGGGCCUCUGAGCCCUGCAUAAUGGGCAUCGAUGAAGCCGGAAGAGGCCCUGUUUUAGGCCCGAUGGUGUAUGGAUGCUUAUACUGCGCCCUAUCUUACCAACACAAACUUUCUUCCCUGAACUUUGCAGAUUCGAAGACUCUGAAGGAGGACAAGAGAGAAGAACUUUUUGAGAAUCUCAAAACUGAUGAUUCCAUUGGUUGGGCCACUGAUAUUAUAGAUCCAAGGGAGCUUUCAGCCAAAAUGCUUAAUAAAGUGAAAGUUAAUCUCAACGAAAUUUCUCAUGAUUCUGCAAUGGGCCUCGUCAGUAGAGUUCUCGGCUUGGGAGUUCUUUUAACGGAGGUCUAUGUCGAUACCGUGGGUGAUGCUGAGAAGUAUAGAAUCAAAUUGUCAGGGAAAUUCCCGGGCAUAAAAUUUGUGGUUGCAAAGAAAGCAGAUAGUCUUUAUCCAGUUGUUAGUGGGGCAAGCAUUGUUGCCAAGGUAACUAGAGACGGAGCUUUACGUGAUUGGGUACUUGAAGAAGUGGCAGAGAGUAUGAAUAGGAAUUUCGGAUCUGGAUAUCCUGGAGACCCUGCAACCAAAGCAUGGCUUGAUCAUCACAAGCACAUGGUGUUUGGGUUCCCUUCACUUGUUCGCUUCAGUUGGGCUACAUGCAAUCCGUACUUUAAGGACAUUGUUGAAGUGAUAUGUGACAGGUAUUGUGUGCUUGGUGUACCGAAACAGGCCACAAACCGUGGACAUGCAUCUCCAAGUGACAUAGCUACGUGGGCUCAUAUGACUCUUCAGGAGUCAGAUGCGACAGAUGAUGAAGGAUGCAGUACUGGGAAUGGUAAAAGACAACUGAAAUUAGGCAGUGUUGGCUUCACAGGAGUCAAGAGAAAGACUGAGGACAUUGAAUCAAGUGGGAAAGGGCGGUGCAAGUUUUUUCAUAGUCGCAAGCUUGAGCAGGUCAUUCAUUUCUCUUAGUUUAGUGCAUGUUUCAUGAUAAGCUCUAUUAAUCAUUGGUGCAUUCUGAUUCUCAGUAGAAAGAAGGUUUACUGAUGAGUUGGAUUUGGCCUGGACUCGAAACAGAUUAGGGUAGUACUGCCUUUGUUAUAACCCUCUCUCUCUCUCAUACACGUACACACACAUUUCCUUCUGGAUUAUGAAAAGAAGUGGACUUCUUUUCAUUUAUUUAUCUAUCUUAUCUGUUGACUGAGAUCAGUGAGACUGCUCUGUCAUACACAUGAUGUGUACUGUGUCUGCAAAAACGAACAUGCAUACUGAAGAGCUCAAUCGUAUAUCUUUACUGUUA